AAUUAAUAUCGUCAUUCCUGUAACAUGAAACAUUUUGAGGUUAGAAUUCACUAAUUUGACAACAUAACACGUGAAGGUUACUCCAAGAAUUUGAAACGGAAGUAAAGAUAGUUUUUAUAUAAAUAUUGUAAAUAUGGGAAGACGAGCUUGUGGCUUUAUAAUAUUCCGAAGAUUUAAAGGACCGAUUGAGUAUUUAUUGAUGCAGACGUCAUAUGGCACUCAUCAUUGGACUCCUCCAAAAGGUCACGUGAAUAAAGGAGAGAAUGAUUUUCAAACAGCUCUUAGAGAAACCGAAGAAGAAGCGGGCUUUGUUCAGGAAGAUAUGAAAAUAUUUACCAAUUCCAAACACGAAAUGGAAUAUUUAGUAAAAGGAAAACCUAAGACUGUGAUAUACUGGCUGGCAGAGCUAGUCAAUAAAAAUAAAGAUGCCCGUUUAUCCAGUGAGCAUCAAGACUUUCAAUGGCUUCCUAUUGAUGAAGCUUGUAUUUUGUCUGAAUAUUCAGAAAUGCAAGAUGCUCUGAAACAAGGUCAUAAAUUUAUCACAGAAAAUCUCAUUUCUCCUCCCGAGAAAUAAUAUUCACCCUUUCAUUUAAUGGAGGAAAAGCUAAUUUUAAAAUUAAGCAUAAUUUCCACAAAAAAUUCUUUAGAAAUGAUUAGAAAAAGAAAUAGGUGACCCAUUUAGAUUUUUUUCUGAUUUAUAGACAAUUUUUUAAUAUUCUUUUUUUGACUCCUUUUGGUUUUAACUAAUUGAUUUUUUUUAGCCUUUUUGUAUAGAAACUAGACAAUUUUUGCAUAAUAAUUAGUGCGAAAAUAUUUUUAUGCACUAAAAUCGAAUAGGAAAGUAACUUUUUUUGGUUCUUUUUGGAAUUUUUAUUUUAUUUUUUUUAUUCUUUUUGUAGAAACUAGACAAUUUUUGCAUAAUAAUUAGUAUAAUAAAUUUUUGUGAACUGAAAUCACACUAAAAUUGAAUAGAAAAUUUACUUUCUUGUUAUUUGCUUAAUUCUUUUUUGUUUUUUUAAUUAGAGGUGCCCUUUAUUGUACCGAUUGAAAAAUUCUUUGUUUCUUUUUUUUGUAGAAACUAGAAACUUUUUGCAUAAUUUUACAAACAAAUUUUUUGAGAUCUGAAAUCGAAUAGAAAAUUGACUUUUUUUGUUAAAUUUUUUUUUGUCAAUUUUAUAGAAAUAAGAAAUUCUUCCAUAUUUAUACAUUUACUGAUUGAAUUUAAUGAAGUGCCCUUUAUUGUACCGAUUAAAGAAUAUUUAGGAUUUUUAUUUUAUUUUUUGACAAAUUUUGUUGAAUACUUGACGAAUUAUAUUUACACAUUUUCCCGUCUUCUUUAAUUAAGACACAUUUAGAAAUUUUUUAUACAUUCGAACCAGAUUUGAUGACUAUGUUUGUCACAAAAAAUCUGUAUUUUAUAUAUUUUUUUCGAAAAAAUUGAAUUUAUUUCUCCCUUAAUGAUUUUUUGUAACUGUUAUUAAAAAGAUCUUGUUAAUAAAUGAAUCUAUCUUUCUU